AUGCUGAGCACGGCAGAGGAAGAAAAGGCGCGCGAGGAAAAGGCACUCCUGCGCAAGAUCGACUUCCGCCUCAUCCCCGCCGUCUGGAUCAUGUAUCUGCUCAGCUACCUCGACCGCUCCAACAUCGGCAACGCCUACACGAGCGGGAUGGGCGCCGAGCUCAAGAUGAGCAGCCAGGCCUACAGCGUCGUCCUGCUCGUCUUCUUCAUCACCUAUGUCCUCUGCGAGGUGCCGUCGAACAUGAUUCUGUCUCGCGCGCGGCCGAGCAUCUACCUGCCCACGCUCAUGUUCAUCUGGGGCGGCCUCAGCAUGUGCUUUGCCGCGGCACACAGCUGGCGCGUCAUUGCUGUCCUUCGGCUGCUCCUGGGUGCCAUCGAGGCCGGCUUCGCGCCUGGCGUGCUCUUCCUGCUCUCGUCGUGGUACAAAAAGGGAGAACUAGCGCGUCGCUACUCGCUCUACUACUCGGCCGUCGCCAUCUCAGGCAUCUUUGGCGGCCUCAUCGCGGGAGGUCUCCUCCAGACACUUGAUGGCGCAAGGGGCUUGGCCGGCUGGCGGUGGCUCUUUCUCGUCGAAGGUGCUGCGACGUGCUUUGUGUCUAUUCUGUCCUUUUUUCUCCUCCCCGACUUUCCCUCGACCACCCGCUGGCUCACGCCUCACGAACGCCAAGUCGCCGGCCAGCGUCUCGCUGAUGACUCGCUGGGCCAGGCGCAAGGAGGCGAGGAUAUCAGCCACAAGAAAGCGGCCAAGAUGGCGCUCUCAGACUGGAGGACCUGGGCCUUUGUGCUGGCCUACAUGGCUACCACGGGCAGCCAGACGAUCCAGUACUUUAUCCCUGAGCUGGUCAAGUCCAUGGGCUACAAGGGUUUUGAGAUUCAGUACUUUACGGCGCCGAUCUACACCGUCGCUCUCGUGGCGAUUCUUGGUUUCUGCUGGUCGUCAGACUACUUCCACGAGCGGGCGUACCACCUGGCAGCUGCCUCGGCCCUGUCUGUCGUCUGCUUCGCCGUCAUCCUGGGUGUGGUCAACAACACCGGCCGCUACGUUCUCCUCUGCUUUGGCGUGGCCGGCGUCUACGCGGCUUGCCCCCUCGUCAGCAUCUGGGUGUCCAAUGCAGUCCCGCAUCCCUCGGAGAAGCGGGCGAUCGUGCAAGCCAUCGUCAACGCGCUGGGCAACUGCGCAUCCAUCUACGGCUCCUUUCUCUUUCCGACAAGCUCCACGGACCACAAUCGCACUGGCUUUGCGGUGACGAUGGCCUUCAUGAUCAUCGCCUUUGUCAUGGCCUUCCUCCUUCGUUACCUGCUCGCCAAGUAUCCGUAUCCCUCGCUGGACACUGCGACUAGCCAACAUGUCACGCAAGAGACAAGAUACGACGAGAAAUCGGGCGAACAUGGGCUUUCAGCUAGCUAG